UCCGGCCGCUUCCUCGGGCCGGCGCGCGCGGCCAUGGCGCUCGACAAUUUCCUCUUCGCUCAGUGCGUCUGCUACUUCUUGGCCUUCCUGUUCAGCUUCGUGGUGGUGGUGCCGCUGUCCGAGCACGGCCACGACUUCCGCGGCCGCUGCCUGCUCUUCACCGAGGGCAUGUGGCUGAGCGCCAACCUGACGGUGCAGGAGCGCGAGCGCUUCACGGUGCAGGAGUGGGGCCCGCCAGCCGCCUGCCGCUUCAGCCUGCUCGCCAGCCUCCUGUCGCUGCUGCUCGCCGCCGCGCACGCCUGGCGCACGCUCUUCUUCCUCUGCAAGGGACACGAGGGCUCCUUCCUCCACGCCUUCCUGAGCCUGCUGGUCAGCGCCUUCGUGCUCUUCCUGGUCUUCAUUGCCAGCACCAUCGUGAGCGUGGGCUUCACCAUGUGGUGCGACGCCAUCACGGAGAAGGGCACCGUGCCCCACAGCUGCGAAGAGCUUCAGGACAUCGACUUGGAGCUGAACGUGGACAACUCUGCCUUUUAUGAUCAGUUUGCCAUUGCCCAGUUCGGCCUCUGGGCCUCGUGGCUGGCCUGGCUGGCCAUCACCAUCCUGGCCUUCCUCAAAGUCUAUCACGACUAUCGCCAGGAGGACCUCCUGGACAGCCUGACCCACGAGAAGGAGCUGCUGCUGGCCAGGCCGACCUCCCGCGGCUCCUUCCAGGACGAGAAGAGCGCCGUCAUCUAGGGGCGCGUGGCCUGUCCCGGGGCAGCGGCAGCGGGGGCUCCGCCCAGCCCCCACGCCUUGCAUGUCUCCCCUCGCCCUGUGCGUAUCGAGUGACCCGCUUACCCAGGCGCCCGUAUUCCCGCUGUGAGCGUAGCUGACGGGGGUGGGGGCCACCCUCAGACCCCGCUGGGAGGACCUCCUCCAGGCUCUGGGCAGGUGUGACACACCUGUCCUGGGCGACUGGCCGGGGGAGCCUGGUGGGAGGCCCCGAGCCCACUGGCCUUCUGGGGUCACGCUCUGGCCCUGGGUCUCCGGCUGGCUUGUCCAGGUGGGAUUUCCUGCAAGAUUCUGUGGCAGCAGCCUGUGUCUCGGGCGAGGCGCCACCAUCAGGCUAUGGCCACUCUCACUCUUGACACUUGCUCUGAGGACAAGGAUCCUGAAACUACAUGCGAGUGAGCAGACAGCCAAGAGUGGGAAAGAGCUGCCUUCCCGCCCCGGUGGCCCCAGGGCUGAGGCCCCUCCCCGCAUCCAGCUCUCGCCCCAGGGAAGGGGGGGGCAGCCUGGCCGCACGGAGAGGGCAGAGGCGGAGGGGCGGUGCGCAGUCAGGUGGUGGCUGCGUGGUGCCCUGGGGGCGGCCGCAGGGGCCGCGUGGGGAGCAGUGCGGGGGUCCCCUCUCCUCUCUGCCCAGGACUUGCCUGUGGAGGCCCUCAUGCCUGGCUUGGUGAGGCCCCUGGGCCCCAGGGUGGGCAGGCCUAUGU